CUUCACCUGUAAAUGACUUAAAGAAUGGUAGAUCUCGUAUGAAAAAAAUUCGCAAAGAUUAAAGAUUAAAAUCACAUUUAUAAAUUUGAAACAAAAGUGAUUAGUAAUAAGAGAAAAUAUAUCAAAAAAAGAGAAUUGACCAAAGCAAAAUUGUCUUUCAUUUAUAUAUCUAUAACAUUAUAAAUAAUCAAAAUGUCUAUAAAUAUACGCUGUGCUACAACAGAUGAUUUGUUGAAUAUACAGCAUUGUAAUUUGCAAUGUCUACCAGAAAAUUAUCAAAUGAAAUAUUAUUUGUAUCAUGCUCUUUCUUGGCCACAAUUAAGUUACGUAGCAGAGGAUGAAAAAGGCAGAAUAGUGGGCUAUGUUCUUGCUAAAAUGGAAGAAGAUUGUGAGGAUAAUCCACAUGGACACAUCACAAGUUUGGCAGUAAAAAGAUCUCAUAGAAGGCUUGGUAUUGCUCAGAAACUUAUGAAUCAGGCUUCUAGAGCAAUGGUUGAAUGUUUUGGAGCAAAAUAUGUUUCUUUACAUGUUCGUAGAAGUAAUCGGGCAGCUUUGAAUUUAUAUACAAGCAGUUUGCAAUUUGAAGUAUCAGAAGUCGAACCAAAAUAUUAUGCAGAUGGAGAAGAUGCUUAUGCAAUGAAACGCGAUCUUAGCAGCUUUUACAUGGAAAAAAAUGCAAAAGAAAAAACAAACAAAGAUGGUAAUACACACAUACAUACUGGCAGAUGCUGUGAUCGUUCAUAGUCAGAUUGGGAUGUUCAUCUAUAAUUAUUAGGUUGUUGAUGAUUUUUUGCAUCAUUAAUUCCAUACUGAAUUUAAUCAUACAAUAUGUAUUUUUCAUAAAUGAAUUUUCACGAAAAAUAUGAAAUAUUGAUAAGUCAAGCAUCAUGGCUUGAAUGUUUAAUAUACAUAUUAUCACUAUUAAAAUUUUGCAAACACUUAGGAUAUUUGUGUUCAUUCAAGCCUUACCUAAGACAUAUGAAAUGUUUUAUAUGUUAUUACAAGAAGAAGGUGUACUUGUUAAUAAUUAUACAGGGAAUAGGAGAGAGACUUCUAAAUAAUGUAUGUACUUCAAUGCAAAUUGAGUUAAAAAGUUUCUAAUAAAUGUAACAUUGCGUGUAGUUAAUUGAUAUACUAUGUUAUUUAAGACCUAUGAAUCUUAAUAUAAUAAUAAAGAUGAUGAGCAGAGAUGAU